CGCCAUGUUAUUUGCAGCGUUGUGUACGAGGAACUCUAGGCGUGCAAGCAGGAACCAGCAUCGUGCAGGACCCUUCCAGUGCACCGACGCCUUGGACUGCUUUGAGAUUCGAUUAGUUGCUUUCUUUUAGUUAUUCGAAUGUGCAUUGAUUACGUGGGGCUUGGCACGUAAGCGGCGCCCUGGCGAAACAUUCCAUGCCUGCCGGAACCGGCUUGUGACACAGCUAGGCGACAGCAAUGGCCAGUGAAGAGGGGCUUCGCGACCGUGAGCAGCAAGAAGGGUAUCGCGCCCCCCGUGUGACCUUAACCAUCAAGGACUUCGACGUGCUCGGGCGCAUUGGAGAUGGCAGCUUCUCCACGGUGUUUCUGGCGCGCCAGAAGCAGAGCGGGAAGCAAUACGCCAUCAAAAUGAUGAACAAGCACCUCGUCAUGCGCAAUAAAAUGGUCGAGUACAUAAAGAACGAGCGGUUUAUUCUGGACAAGUUCGACGACGCGGGCAUCGCCAAGCUGCACUUCACGUUCCAGGACCCGGACAACCUGUACAUGGGAAUGGAGUACUGCGCCGGCGGGGAGUUGUACGAGCAAAUCAACAAGCGCGGGCGGCUGCCUCUGGAGGCUGUACGGUUCUACGCGGCGGAGGUGGUGCUCAUCCUGGAGUACCUGCGGAAGGCGCAGGUGGUGCACAGGGACCUGAAGCCUGAGAACCUGCUGCUGUCGGGCGACGGCCACCUCAAGCUGAUCGACUUCGGCAGCGCGCGGGCCUUCUUCCUGCCGGCGGCGGAGAAGCCGCCCGGCAAGCAGCGCGCAACCUCCUUUGUGGGCACCGCCGAGUACGUGUCGCCCGAGGUGCUGCUGAACGCGCCGCUGAGCUACCCCGCAGACCUGUGGGCGCUGGGCUGCAUGAUCUACCAGAUGAUCGUGGGCCGGCCGCCCUUCAAGGCCGCCAGCGAGUAUCUGACCUUCCAGAAGAUCACCGACAGGGAAUUCGCCUAUCCAGGCGACCCAGGCUACAACGCCGACGGGGAGCCCGACGACGAGGAGGGCGGCGAGGAGGAGGAGGAGGAGGCGGGGGGGAAAGAGGGGAAGGCGGAGGGGGGCGCAGCCGCAGUGGAGGCAGCAGCGCAGCGGGAGGGCGCGGAUGCGGAGGCCGCCGCGGCGGGCGGCGAGGGGGCGGGCAGCAGCAGCGGGGCAGGAACAGGCGGUGGUGGCGGGGGAUUGGGGGCGGCGGGCAAGGUGCCGAAGCUGCGUGGGCCGGUGGUGUAUCCGGAUGAUGCACGUGACCUGACGGACCGGCUGUUGACGAUGGAGCCUGCGGCGCGCAUUGGCGCGGAGGACAUGGCUGAGCUACGGGCGCACCCCUUCUUCGCCGGGGUGGACUGGGCGGCGCUGCGGGCCGGACCCGCGCCGCCCUACCUGCCGCCGCGGGUGCCGGGAGCGCCGGGCAGCGACGGCGGCUACGAAGAGGGCUUGGACUGGGAGCUGACCUCGCUGGUGCGCGACGCGGCCGAGAGCUAGCAGUGGAGGCGAGCAGCGGCGCGAUCAGGGUGGGCGCGCUGGAACCCAGCUGGUGCGGUGUUGAAAGUGCUUGGUUGUGGCCAGCGGUUAGGAUGCGGUGAGGUGCUGGCUGUGCUUGCUAGCUAGCUGAGUGCUGGGUGGUGUGGGCGUGUGGCUGGGUGGCGUGGCGGAGGUGGCCAGGCGCCCGUGGGGCUUGGGAGCCUGGCAGACGCCCAGACGUCGGUGAGCGGUGCGUGGGCGAUGUGUGUGGUGGGCAAAGACUAAAUGCCCGUGUAACACUACUGCGCUUCCUACCUGCCUUUCCAAGCCAGGGCGCUCACAUGAAUCUAUGAAGUGCAUGCCAAGCUAACAAGAAAUGCAAGGGGAUGUUGUGUGGUACUACGGUGUACCGGGGGGUAGUGCCGGGCUGCCGAUCGUGGGUCGCAUCCUUCUGCACGGCGCACGUCUUGGGAGGGCGCGUGCCCGCCACGGCACCCCUCGGGAGGGAGGGGGAACCCAAAGGCACUUGCGUGUUGUCUUGCGGCGUGAGCGUGCGAGCGACCUAGGCAGCUGUCGCGGGGCCUCGGCGGGAAUGGGUGUCAGUCACUGGCUCGUGCACUGCAUCAGCAGGUCCUUAGAACCCAUGCAACCUGUUGUUGUAGGCGUGCGGACAGACUUCUGGCGCGUAGGCGUGCUAUACAUCUGGGCUGUGGCUCUUGAGACGCAGGGCGGUACGGGGAAACGUGGAGGCAGCAGGCUCGGAUUCCGUGAUCUUGUAAGCAAAGACCUUAGCUAGGAAGGAGGGGCAAUGCGACGAGAGCAGCGCCACAAGGGACGGCGCAAAUGGCCAAGAUUGGAACGUUCUGGGCGCUUCGGCGUGCGCUGCGCUGCCUUGUGCGCUGCCAGCGCUGCGCUCCGUGGCGUGCCCGGGACCGUGCGCAAGUAUGUACUACGGGAGUGUGAAUGGAAGCUACUUGCGGAAAGCGUUGGACCACGCGCAAGCGCUUCCAUGGGGUGGAUGCCUACCAACGUUGGGCCUAGCCGGAGCGAGGCCUGGCCUGUGCGGGCCUUGGCCUGAUUCGGGCUCCGUUGGCCAGUCCGGCCAACUUAAAAAUACUCAAAG